UAAAAGAGAUGAGUUUGCGUGUCAAACUAAAACGUAUGCAACUAUAAAAAUGGGAUUAUUUUUUAUCAAUUUUAAUACAGAAGCCUACCAACCACACUAAUUCUACUUACCAGAUAAAAGUGAAGAGAUGGCCCAUGGAGGAAAGGUGGUCUGCGUCACCGGAGCUUCCGGAUACAUAGCAUCUUGGAUUGUUAAGCUUUUGCUCCUCCGUGGCUACAACGUCAAUGCCACCAUUCGAGACCCAAACGAUCGAAAGAAAACAGAUCACCUUCUUGCACUGGACGGCGCAAAAGAAAGACUCAAAUUAUUCAAAGCAGAUCUUUUAGAAGAAGGUUCUUUCCAACAUGCAAUUGAUGGAUGCGAUACUGUCUUCCACACUGCUUCACCGGUUAUGAUCACUGUCAGCACUGAUCCUCAGGUUGAGCUGAUUGAUCCAGCCGUCAAGGGUACUAUUAACGUCCUGAGAACUUGCACUAAGGUGUCUUCUGUCAAGAGGGUCAUCGUAACAUCAUCUAUGGCAGCAGUUCUUGCUCCUAAGACCAAGUUGGGACCAAACGAUGUAGUAGACGAAACCUUCUUCACUGAUCCAAGUAUUGCUGAGGGGAAAAAGCAAUGGUAUAUACUUUCCAAGACUUUGGCCGAAGAUGCAGCAUGGCAAUUCGCCAAGGCCAAUCAGAUCGACUUGAUCGUACUAAAUCCAGGACUUGUGAUUGGACCAAUAUUGCAUCCAACUCUUAACUUCUCGGUAGCUGUGAUUGUGGAACUUAUGAAAGGUAAGAAUCCUUUUAAUACAAGACAUCAUAGGUUCGUGGACGUGAGAGAUGUUGCUCUAGCUCAUGUCAAGGCACUCGAGACUCCUUCAGCCAAUGGCAGAUAUAUCAUUGAUGGUCCGGUUGUGACCAUAAAAGAGAUUGAGAAAGUUUUGCGCGAAUUCUUUCCUGAUUUGUGCAUUGCUGAUAGGAAUGAAGACAUUACUGAGAUGAAUUCAGUGACUUACAAAGUGUGUCUGGAGAAAGUGAAAAGUUUGGGAAUAACUGAGCUCACUCCUACAGAAACAAGCCUUAGAGACACUGUUCUUAGUCUCAAGGAGAAAUGUCUUGUGUGAUCUUCUUUAUUGUUUUGGGUACUUGUUAUUCCAUGCAAUCUAUGCAUUUCAAAAAAGGAUUAUAAUUAAGUCUUACUAGUUAUUUUAAAACCAAUAUAAAUCUUAUAUUUAUGUCCC